CCAAAGAAGAAGCAGACGGAAAGCCGGUGCAUUCUGGGACAUAAAAUGAACCACAAUGGCGGUUAAACAACAAACGCGUCAUGUUCUCACUCUGACGUGUUUACUUUCAUCACUUUUACUGCAAAUUUGUCGGACUUUUGCUGAAGAACUGACAUGGGAUCACAAUGGCUACGUGUUGUAUUGCCCCUGCAUGGGUCGCUUUGGGAACCAGGCAGAUCACUUCCUUGGAUUUGCCUUUGCAAAGAUGUUGAACCGAACCCUGGCAGUCCCUCCGUGGAUAGUGUACCGCCACCACACACCCCCUUACACCAAUAUCCAUGUUCCCUACAGUGAGUUCUUCCAGCUGGAGGCCUUGUCUGCCUACCACCGCGUGGUCAGUUUGGAGGACUUCAUGGAGAAGCUGGCUCCCAAAUACUGGCCCUCAACACAAAGGAAAGCCUACUGCUUUGAGACUGCUGCACAGCGGAGUGCAGACAAGAAAUCCUGCCCCAUGAAGGACGGCAACCCAUUUGGUCCUUUCUGGAACUAUGUCGGCGUGGAAUUCGACAAGUCCGUCUUAUUCAGUGGUAUUUCUUUUAGUCCCCACCACCAACCUCAGUGGAUGAAGAAGUUCCCUCCCUCUCAGCACCCUGUCCUGGCACUGCCUGGGGCUCCUGCCCAGUUUCCAGUGAUAGAGGAGCACUUGGGCCUGCAGCGCUAUAUGGUGUGGUCAGACAAGAUGGUUAAGGAGGGAGAGGAGCACAUUGCUACCCUGCUGACCAGACCAUAUGUCAGCAUUCACCUGAGGAUUGGCAUUGACUGGCAAAAUGCCUGCAAAAUGCUGAAGAGCGGUGAAGCAGGGCCUCACUUCAUGGCCUCUCCUCAGUGUGUUGGCUACAACCGCCACACAGCCUUGCCCCUCACCAUGACCAUGUGCCUUCCUGACCUGUCAGAGAUCCGCAGGGCCGUCAAACUGUGGGUGAAGAAGACCUCUGCCCGCUCUGUCUACAUCGCCACAGACUCUGAAUCCCACAGCAAGGAUAUUGAAAAGCUCUUCAAGGGGAAGGUUAAAGUGGUAAGUCUUCAGCCAGAAUCAGCCCAAAUGGACCUGUACAUCUUAGGUCGAGCUGACCACUUCAUCGGCAACUGCGUCUCCUCCUUUUCUGGCUUUGUGAAGAGAGAGCGGGACGUCCAUGGCCUUAAUUCGUCCUUUUUUGGCAUGGACAAGCCUGGGAAACUAAAUCACAAAGAAGAACUCUGAGGGUCACGUGGUCAUCCUCUGGGUGCAAAUGCUGGAGGACUCUCCAUGAGGAGGCGACAGAUCAUGUUGACAGCAGAGAAUGUUUAUAUGUGACGUGAUGUUUCUUGAAGGCCGGUCCUAUUUUAGAAUAAGUUUUAAUCUGUGAGAAGGGAGGAAGGGUUUAUAAAUUAUGUCGUAGCAGGUCAGUAGGGUAAUGUCUGUGAAAUGUUAUGGCAUUGACACCACUGUUAUCAAGAAACACUACUUUUGUUUUUUUCCUGCUUUAAAAUCUGUAUUUGUAUAUUCCUGCUCAAGAUUUGGCUUCUUACUGCUUCCUUUGCGGCUUGGGCGGUAUGUAAUAUUUCACACCUUGAUACCUUCCUGAAAUUUUACCGGGGUAAAUGUUAUUUGACAGUUUAAGUAUGAGGCACUAGCAACCCCUCUCCUCCCACCACCACUGUAACUUCUCCCUCUGCUGUUGCUGUGUCAUUCAGCUCAGCUGCCAGUUGCACCAGUAGAGACCAUAGACUGUAUAUAAAGAUGGUAUAAAGAUGGAGUCUGCGCAGUAGCAAUACCCAUGGCGGAGGAGUUCCUGCCCAAACACUAGUCCAACCAGUUUCGUGCAACCCAAUUGAUUGUGAGUACUUUGAUUGGCUGUCACAGUGGUGAAUCAUGGCUGAAAAUCCCCUUUUUGUAGAACUGAA